AUAUAUAUAUAUACACAAAAUUAUUAUCUUUUUUACUUAAGUGAUAUUUCAGAUAAAUUACGUGUAUUAGAAGAGUGGUCGUUAUCAUCGGCCAAACGUGCUGGUUGCCUUUUGGUGGGAUAUGAGGCCUUUCGGACUCUUGUGUUUUAUCAUAAAUAUAAAAAUCGAGGAAAUUUGAGUUCUACCAAAUUGGAGAGUAUUCGAGAAAAAGUAAACAACUAUUUACUGCAACCUGGUGCAGAUCUUGUCGUUUGUGAUGAAGGUCAUAUAAUAAAAAACAGCAAGUCCGCUAUAAGUCUAGCUGUUGCAAAAAUUAUAACCCCAAAAAGAAUUAUUUUAACCGGGACUCCAAUUCAAAAUAAUUUGAAAGAAUAUUACAGUAUGGUUAACUUUAUAAAGCCACUAUACCUCGGCACAGAAAAGGAAUUUGCUAAUUUGUAUGCUAAUCCAAUCAAGAAUGGUCAGCAUAAAGAUUCAAGUAAAAAGGAUAUUACAGUUAUGAAGCAAAGAUCGUACGUGUUGCACAAAAAGCUAUCCAAAUUUGUACAGAGAAAGGAAGCUGAACUGCUAAAGACAUUUUUACCACAAAAAUUUGAAUAUGUCCUUUUUAUACCAAUGACUGCGGUUCAAAAUACUCUAUAUGAAUUUAUUUUGGACGCUAUAGCCAGCCGUGGUGAUAGUCGAGGAAAAAGUCUUAUCACAGAUUACACUGUUUUAAGGAAGAUUUGGACACAUCCCAAGGUUCUCGAAGACGCGUGGAAGAAUGCUAACGCUCAGAAAAAUAAAAAAGAUAACAAAAAGCAUGGAUGUCCACAUUCUGACGACGAUCAACCAGAUGAUAUUUACGAUAGUCAAACUGGUGUGAUUUCCGUGACUAAUGAUUGGUGGCGCAAAUAUCUUUCAAAAAAAGAUCUGGAGACCAUUAUGCCAAGCAAUAAACUUCGAACAAUGUUUUCAAUUCUUCGCAUGUGCGAAGAAAAAGGAGAGAAAUGGUACGUUGUCAAAUAAUAAA